AACCACAAUCAUUGCAUUCUUCUUUCGGAAAUUAAAAACCCUAGAUUUCAUUUUUUGAAGAAUUUCGAUUACAACGAAGAUCAAGAUCGUCUCUACAUUUCUUAAUCACCUGCUUUCAGAUCGGUUAUCCGCUCCAUGGUUCAUAUUCUGGAGAUGAAAGGUGAUGACGCCACUUGCAAUUCGUCGUGCUUCCAGAAAACGAUUAUUGAAAGGUGAUGUUGAGAGAUUGGUGGCUGAUUAAGUGCCCGGACGAAUUUGAAGGGAAACGAUUUGGUGUUGCUGGUACCGAGCUCAUGGCUUCCACAGAACGACGGGCUAUGCGUGUGUUUACAUCUGCCCCCAUUGUUAAAGCCGUUGAUGUUUGGACUCUUGAAACAUCUGAUGGGAUCUGCAUCCUCCUCAAAGGUUUGAUUAACAAAGAACGAUCUGCAAAUGGUGGAUUUAGCCCCGAGAUUUUCAGUCAUUUCAUCUUCGGAUUUCCUCCUCGUUGGGAAGAAAUUAGUAACAAAUGCUUUAAAGGAGAAUCCUCUAGUGGAGCUGGAACUGACUCUGUGACUCUGAGGAUUCAUACAGCUGAUCGUCUCAUGUCGACGCCAUGUAAGAACAAAGAAAGUCCACUAGAAAGCAAAAUUAAAAUCGGUAUUGGUGAGAAUAACACAGCAAAGGCUAAUGAUGAAGAUAGCACUGAUGACAAGUCUGGAUCACCCGAGUUGAAAAUGGCUGUGCCAAGAGAAAAAUCAGGAGACAUGAUCAGAAACACACGGACUGGUAACACUGCGCCUCCUGUUACAUCAGAAGAGGUCAAAGUUGAACAAAAUACAGUGAGAAAAUCUUCACGCUUGCAAUUAAAAUCAAGCGAAAACGACACAGAGAACGGAAGGAAAAGCGAUACAGCUAAAGUCUCGAAUCCCUCUUACUGUGGAGAGCAUUCCAACUCUUUGCCGACAGUCCCAACACCAAUCAUGGCGACAAGUAAUGGAAAUUUUGAUGAGGCUAAGACUGUUGAUGCAGAGAAUGAUGAUAGAGAUGGAUCUGUGGAUGACGUGGUAUCAUCUGAGGUCGCCACUACUGUUCCAGGAGAAUCUUCAGCUUCCCAAGUUGAUGGAUUUGUUAAAAGACAUACUGAUCCAGCAAGCAAAGAAAAAAAGCUGAGGAAGUGUUCUACCGAAGAGUCUGAAAGUUCGGGACAGUGUAGAGUUAAAGGUAAGGAAACAAGGGCAUCUCCAUGUUUGCAAUCAAAAGAAAAUGGAAGGACAGCCGAGUUUGCAAAGAGAGAGAACCCGAAUAAAGCGACCAAGUCUGUCAAAAGCGAUGGUAAGGUUAGGGCUUUGAAUCACUCUAAGAGGAAAGGUGAAAGUAAAGAGAAAUGUGUCCAGGAUGAAGACUGGAGGAGGAUCAACUUUGACGUGGAGGCAACUCCGGGUAAACAAGCAAGAAAAGAGAAGACAGCUUUCGUAUCUCCUGAAUUGUCAAGCACUAAACGGUCAAGAUCAGGAAGAUUGCUCGUGUCAACUUUAGAGUUCUGGCGCAAUCAAGUUCCAGUCUAUGAUGCGGGCCGUAAUAUCAUUGGAAUAAAGGAACGCAUCGACGACACAAGUCCAGUUAGUAGAGGGAAAGGAUCAGAGUCUGGAAGACGAAGAAGAUAAAGACAACCACAAAGCAACCAGCCGAGAGUAAUGUACUUCCGUAUGAUGUUGUUUUUUUAGGAUCCAAGUAAGUAGCCAUCACCUCUCCAAAAGUACAGUUAGUCAUAAGGAUCUGCGAUUUUUUUUCUUUAAUUUAAAUGUAAACUGCUUUGUAUUCUUUUGUCCCUAAAGCCACAUAAUAAUGGGUUAUGAAUCUUACAACAAGCAA